AUGGAUUCUUCGGUAAUCCACACCGGCAAAAGAUCCAACGGAUCCGAAAGAAAUGAAGAUAGUCCAGGGGGCAUAGAGAAGGUCCCUGUGAGAAUAUCUUCCGCAGACUUCCCGGUGACUCCGGCCGAACUUGGACUUCUCAGUAGCGAAAGAAACCGCGGAGCACUCGCUGAUCUCCUGGAGACGGGGCUACAAAAGCUAUUCUUGGCCGAAGAACUCCAAAAACAUGACGACGAAGAGGAUCCGACACCAGAGAAGCAACUACUCUCGGACAUUGCCUUAGUCGUCAAGAAAAUCCGAGAAUCCGAGCAAACAGGAGCUGUCGACGAGCACUCACCCGCAGCGGUUGAAGCCGACAAGCACGCUGAAAUUGCAUCUGCUUUUUUGACGUCAGCACUUUUACGCUCCAGUCCGGAAGUAGGGAUUUUUCCAUCCGAAGUCGAAAAACGCCGCGAAGCCUUUGGCUCAAAUAGGAUUGCCCCCAAGAAGAUUGAGAGCUUCUGUAAGCUUUGUUGGCAUGCUAUCCAAGACUUUGUUCUCGUUAUGCUGAUCGUGUUAGGCUUCAUCAGCAUCGGUGUUGAGAUCUAUUCUCUGGAAAAUGACGAAGAGUGUACGACUUGUUGGAUUGAAGGAGCAGCAAUUUUGGCUUCUGUUUGCAUCGUUGUGUUUGUGUCAGCGGGGAUCGACUACGCCAAGCAAUUCGCGUUUCUCCGCUUGACGAGAUCGUUGCACGAGACGAAUACCAAACAAGUUAUCCGGGAAGGCAAGCAAGUGUCAAUCAUUGAUGAUGACCUUGUCGUUGGCGACAUUUUGUCCAUCAACGCCCAUAAUCUUGCGUCCAUCCCUGCCGAUUGUGUCUUACUUGGUCCAGCGACAGAUUUGAAAAUGGACGAAUCGACCUUGACGGGAGAGUCGAAAGCCGUGAGCAAGAAACCCGGUGACGUUGUCCUUAGUGGUACGAAUGUGCAGCAGGGAUCUGCGAAAUUGGUGGUGAUUGCUGUUGGAAUUCAUUCCGUGGCCGGCAAAAUUAGAGCGCAGGUGUACGAGUCCGAAGAUCAUCGAGAUGACCUUGGAGGGGAUGACGAGGAAUCGCCUCUUUUUGUGAAGCUCAAUGUACUUGCCAAGCGAAUUGGGAUAGCGGGUACCAUCGCUGCGCUUGUCUCGUUCAUCGGUUCGUGCAUAAUUGGACUGGCCAUCAAGGGAAACGGGGCAGAAGCAUUAGUCGACUACAUGGUAGUGGCUAUUACUGUGCUAGCCGUGUCGGUCCCAGAAGGCUUACCAUUGGCCGUUACGCUUGCCCUUGCCUUUUCGUCAAUGAAGAUGACGCAAGACCAAAAUCUUGUGAAGCAUUUGAAUGCAUGCGAAACUAUGGGAUGCGCUACAACAAUUUGUACUGACAAGACAGGUACGCUCACAGCAAACAAAAUGACGGCCCGAGCCUUGUUUGCUGCUGAGCAAAACUACGUUGUAAACGACCCUGCUGAUACCCUGGGCAACCAUGUCGCAAAUCAUUGUGGUGGUCUUUCACCUGCUGUAAUCGACUUACUAUGCCGCGCGAUAGCUAUCAAUACCAUGAAUGAAACUGUGCUUCACUUCGGCGAAAACGGUGAUGACAACGUUCGGCAAUCCCACCGAAUCCGAGCAUCAACCAAGGGAAGGUCAGAUCAGGCGAGUCUUGCAGAAUUUUUUUCUGAGGGAAAACGUUUCGACUUUUCUUCUGCUCGCAAGAUGAUGAGUUGGGCUAUUCCUUACGAAGGUGGUUACCGGUUAUAUUGUAAGGGAGCACCAGAAGUUCUCCUGGCUCGCAGCAAAAGUUACAUCAAUGCAUUGUCCGAAGUCGUGGAUAUGACUGAGGAUUUUCGACGCGAGUUUCUCUCUGUUUCCGAAGGGUACGCAAGGCGUGGUAUGAGAUGUCUUGCGCUGUCUUAUCGCGAUGUGCCCAUGGAAUUUGAUAUUGAAGGGAAGAGCUCGGUGAUCAAGAACGCCGACGGCACAGAAGCCAACGAAAUUGAAACAGAAAUGACUUCUUAUUGCCCUCAUUGGUAUCGAAGACCCCCUUCGAGCAGAGUGACCGGUGACAACCCGAACACCGCAGUGAGUAUUGCGUACCAAGCGGGUAUUCUGCGCGACUUCCACUUUUUGGAAGGUUCCAUUGAACGAGUGGCCGCAAAUUUGAAAGAAAACGUUUUGAUGGAAGGGAAAGCCUUUCGAAACCAGGUUUAUAUAUCUCGUGGUGAAUCAGGUAGCGGCGAAUUCAAUCAACUGGAAUUUGAUAAGAUUUGGCCCCACCUUCGAAUUCUGGCAAGAAGCUCCCCUGACGAUAAGCUCACACUUGCCCAUGGAUUGAACCAAUCAAAUCUCUUCGUCGACAAAGGACUGUGCCAAAAGUAUAACCUGGAGGAUGGCAUCAACAUCUUUCCAGAUAGGCAAGUUAUAGCAAUGACCGGAGACGGUACCAACGACGCGCCUGCUUUGAAACGCGCUGACAUUGGAUUUGCAAUGGGCAUCGCUGGAACGCAAAUUGCAAAGGAUGCAGCAGAUAUCAUUCUGCUGGAUGAUAACUUUGCAUCGAUCGUAACAGCUGCAAAAUGGGGGCGGAAUAUCUACGCAUCGAUUCAGAAGUUUCUUCAAUUUCAAUUGACGGUAAAUAUUUCUGCGGUCGUAACAGCGCUCGUUGGCUCUUUUGCAUACCAGAAGAGUCCGCUUGCGGCGAUCCAACUCCUUUGGGUCAAUCUUUUGAUGGAUUCGCUUGCAAGCCUUGCCCUGGCCUCCGAGCCGCCCGUUGACGAUCUCCUGCGGAAACCACCUGUCAAUCGCACUGAGAGUAUGAUUACAAAGCAUAUGUGGGCAAACAUGCUGGGGCAAGCGGCUUACCAGAUUACGGUUAUAAUGGUUCUCCUUUUCGCGGGCCCGGAGCUCCUCGGCAUCGAGGCAGGACAUAUCGUGGAGAAGGAAAGAGAGGAAAAUUCUGUUCAUUACACAGUCAUCUUCAACACUUUUGUUUGGAUGCAGCUCUUCAACGAAAUAAACAGUCGUAAAUUGAAAGGAGAAUCGAACGUAUUCAAGGGUGUUUUGGACAACUACAUUUUCUGCACGAUUCUACUUUUGACAUCGUGCCUACAAGCUUUGAUUGUUGAAUUUGGGUCUUUGGCGUUUAAGGUCGCAGAAAGUGGUCUUUCUGCCCGCUUCUGGGCUCUGUCGUUGAUCCUGGGUGCCGGUUCUUUGCCUGUCCAACAAGUGAUCAACCAGCUAUACCGCCUGGGCCAGAAAUACAAUAUUGAGCGCAACACUUCAAGAAAGAACAGGGACCGUAAGCUCGCGACGCUGCGCGUGCCUGGGGUAGCUACGAACACGUAGUGCUGCGAUGCGACGACGACAGCAUUCUCAAAUUGUGAUACCGCUGCCCGACCACUUUGACAUUGAACGAAGGAGACUUCUGUAGCGAACACAUUAGAAUAGUCGAAAUAAAACUUUCACAUUUAAUACAAGUAAAGCACACUUG